GGAGGAGGAGGUGCGGUGUUGGUCACGUGGUGCGGCGCGGCGGGCGGCCUUCAGCCCCGCUCCCCCCCUCCCCCUCCCUGUGAGAGGGGAGGGAGGGCAAAGAUGGCGGCCGUGAGUUAGAAAGCGGCGGGCGGCGGCGCCAGCGGCGGACACUUCUAGGAGCGGCCGCGGGAGGACCGGGAGCGACCGAGAGAGAGGAUCUUUAAAGACAUGAAGGGCUGAAAACAAAAAGUCGCGCAUGGGACACAAUUACGCAGCCAAUUCUCGCCCAACCCGGAAGUUUAUGUCGGUAACACGUGUUGGUGGGGAAGGUGGCGAGGCUGGGAACCGGGACCCUCCCGCUGCCUUUCCGCGGGGCUGGCGCGCCCGGCCGGAGCCCCGCAGCUCCCGGUGGGGCUGAACGCCGCAGCGACAGACCCGGCCUCAAAGUCCAGUGACUCUUAACGAGCGCAUCUCAAACAGAGGUUGCUAGGAGAUGGUGGAGCCAGGACAAGAUCUGUUGCUUGCUGCUUUGAGUGAGAGUGGAAUCAGUCCAAAUGACCUGUUUGAUAUUGACUCUCCGGAUGUGGUUCUUGCAACUCCAGCACCAACUCCAGCUGUUCAGCAGUCAGUGCCACUUAGUGCUUUAGAACUAGGCUUGGAGACUGAGGCCACAGCUGCUGUGAAGCAAGAACCAGAGACUGUAUCGACUCCAGCCUUAUUAAAUGUUCGGCAACCACCAUCCACCACUACCUUUGUGCUGAAUCAAAUAAAUCAGCUUCCAACUUUGGGGACUACGCUAGUGAUGACAAAAACAACACCUGUUACAACCACAAGGCAGACUAUCACUGUAGCAAAAAUCAUUCAGACCAGCACAACUACUCGUCCCUCGGUUGCAGCACCAGCAGUUCGCAAUGCCUUGACCACUGCACCUUCAAAGGACCAGAUUCAGCUGAAAGAUCUGCUAAAGAACAAUAGUCUUAAUGAACUCAUGAAAUUGAAGCCACCUCCUAAUAUUGCCCAGCCAGUAGCAACUGCAGCAAAUAUAAUUGUAGCUUGUCCUGAGGUGGUAAAUGCCACUAGAUCAGCUGAUCUAAGCAAUGGUGCCAUGAAGAAGGAGGCUUCCACAAAAGAGGUAGCAAGAAUAUGGAUAAAUGAUAUUAAAAUGAGAAGUUUUUCCCCUACUAUGAAAGUGCCAGCAGUAAAAGAAGAGGAGGAACCUGAGGAAGAAGAUGAAGAAGAAAUGGGCCAUGCAGAAACUUACGCUGAGUAUAUGCCAAUAAAACUAAAAAUUGGUCUACGUCACCCUGACCCAGUAGUGGAAACCAGCUCAUUAUCCAGUGUAACUCCUCCUGAUGUGUGGUACCAGACAUCAAUAUCAGAAGAAACAAUUGAUAGUGGCUGGUUGUCUGCUCUGCAGCUUGAAGCAAUCACUUACGCAGCCCAGCAACAUGAAACAUUCCUGCCCAAUGGAGACAGAGCUGGAUUCUUGAUAGGUGAUGGUGCUGGUGUAGGAAAAGGAAGGACCAUAGCUGGAAUAAUCUAUGAAAAUUACUUGUUAGGCAGAAAAAGAGCAGUCUGGUUUAGCGUGUCAAAUGAUCUGAAAUACGAUGCUGAGAGAGAUUUGAGAGAUAUUGGAGCAAAAAACAUAUUGGUUCAUUCAUUAAACAAGUUCAAGUAUGGGAAAAUUUCUUCCAAACAUAAUGGAAGUGUGAAGAAAGGGGUCAUCUUUGCUACCUACUCUUCUCUUAUUGGUGAAAGUCAGUCUGGUGGUAAAUACAAAACCAGAUUAAAGCAGCUUCUGCACUGGUGCGGUGAAGACUUCGAUGGAGUCAUUGUAUUCGAUGAGUGUCAUAAAGCAAAGAAUCUGUGUCCUGUUGGUUCCUCCAAACCAACAAAAACAGGUCUGGCUGUAUUGGAACUUCAGAAUAAACUUCCGAAAGCCAGGGUUGUUUAUGCCAGUGCCACAGGUGCAUCUGAGCCAAGAAAUAUGGCAUACAUGAAUCGUCUUGGUAUAUGGGGUGAAGGAACUCCUUUUAGGGAAUUCAGUGAUUUUAUUCAGGCUGUUGAAAGAAGAGGUGUCGGUGCCAUGGAAAUAGUUGCUAUGGAUAUGAAGCUGAGAGGAAUGUACAUAGCAAGACAGUUGAGUUUUUCAGGUGUAACUUUCAAAAUUGAUGAAGUUCUGCUUUCACAGGAAUAUGUUAAAAUGUACAAUAAAUCUGUGAAACUGUGGGUCAGUGCUAGAGAGAGGUUUCAGCAAGCGGCCGAUCUUAUUGAUGCAGAACAACGAAUGAAGAAGUCCAUGUGGGGUCAGUUUUGGUCAGCUCACCAGAGGUUCUUCAAGUACCUUUGCAUAGCAUCUAAAGUGAAGAGGGUGGUGCAGCUGGCUCGGGAAGAAAUCAAGAAUGGGAAGUGUGUUGUUAUUGGCCUGCAGUCAACAGGAGAAGCAAGAACAUUAGAAGCUUUGGAGGAAGGUGGUGGUGAACUGAAUGACUUUGUUUCUACAGCAAAAGGAGUAUUCCAGUCUCUUAUUGAAAAGCACUUUCCAGCUCCUGACAGGAAGAAGCUGUUCAGCUUGUUGGGAAUUGACUUGACUGCUCAAAGUAAUAACAAUUCACCCAGAGACAGCCCUUGUAAGGAGAACAAAAUAAAGAAACGGAAAGGUGAAGAAAUAAGCAGAGAAGCAAAAAAAGCUCGCAAAACAGGUGGCCUUGCAGGUAGCAGCUCUGAUGAGAGUGAAAGCGAGUCUGAUGCUUCAGACAAUGAAGAAAGUGACAAUGAGAGCUCCAGGUUUUUGAGUUCUGGAGAUGAUGAUGACUUCAACCCGUUCAGAGAUGAAUCCAGUGAAGAUGAUGAAGAUGAUCCCUGGUUAAUUAGAAAAGAGCAUAAGAAGAAUAAAGACAAGAAAAAGAAGAAAAGCAUAGACCCAGAUUCUAUUCAAAGUGCCUUACUAGCUUCUGGUCUCGGAUCAAAACGACCUAGCUGUUUCACUUCCACCGUUGGUACCACCACCUCUAGUACCAACACGUCAGCCAACAGUAACACAAACAGCAGCUUUGUAACAAGUCAGGAUGCUGUCGAAAGGGCUCAGCAAAUGAAAAAAGAACUGCUUGAUAAACUGGAAAAGCUGGCUGAAGAUCUUCCACCAAAUACACUGGAUGAGCUUAUAGAUGAACUGGGUGGUCCUGAAAAUGUUGCAGAGAUGACGGGCCGCAAAGGGAGAGUCGUGAGCAAUGAUGAUGGCAGCAUAUCUUAUGAGUCGAGAUCUGAACUUGAUGUGCCUGUUGAGAUUCUGAACAUCACAGAGAAGCAGAGGUUCAUGGAUGGAGAUAAGAACAUUGCCAUCAUCUCGGAGGCUGCCAGCUCUGGUAUAUCGCUGCAAGCAGACCGCAGAGCUAAGAAUCAGAGGCGGAGGGUUCACAUGACUCUGGAAUUGCCGUGGAGCGCGGAUAGGGCAAUACAGCAGUUUGGGCGAACUCACCGAUCCAACCAAGUGACUGCUCCAGAGUACGUGUUCCUCAUUUCUGAGUUGGCAGGAGAGCAGAGAUUUGCAUCUAUCGUUGCAAAAAGACUGGAGAGUUUGGGAGCCCUCACCCAUGGGGACAGACGGGCUACAGAAACUCGAGACCUCAGCAGAUUCAAUUUUGACAACAAGUAUGGCAGAAAUGCUUUAGAGAUUGUUAUGAAAUCCAUUGUGAACUUGGACUCGCCAAUGGUCUCGCCUCCUCCUGAUUUUCCUGGAGACUUCUUCAAAGAUGUCCGUCAGGGAUUGAUUGGCGUAGGCUUGAUAAACGUAGAAGACAGAUCUGGAAUACUAACACUUGAUAAAGAUUAUAACAACAUAGGGAAGUUUCUGAACCGAAUUCUUGGCAUGGAAGUCCAUCAGCAGAAUGCUUUAUUCCAGUACUUUUCUGACACGUUAAGUGCAGUUAUCCAAAAUGCUAAAAAGAAUGGAAGAUACGAUAUGGGCAUCUUGGAUUUGGGCUCUGGAGAUGAGAAGGUGAGAAAGGCAGAUGUUAAGAAGUUUUUAACUCCCGGAUAUUCUACCUCUGGACAUGUAGAACUGUACACAAUCAGUGUGGAGAGAGGAAUGUCUUGGGAUGAAGCAACUAAGAUCUGGGCAGAACAGACAGGUCCAGAUGACGGAUUUUAUUUAUCACUACAGAUAAGAAAUAACAAGAAAACUGCUAUCCUAGUAAAAGAAGUGAAUCCUAAAAAGAAGCUUUUUUUAGUAUACAGACCAAAUACUGGGAAACAACUCAAACUAGAAACAUGUGCAGACCUGAAAAAGAAAUAUAAGAAGGUCCCUUCUGAAGAUGCUCUGCCACACUGGUUGGAGCAGUACAACUCUUCUGCAGAUACCUGCACUCAUGCUUAUUGGAGAGGCAAUUGUAAGAAGGCAGGCUUGGGGUUAGUUUGUGAAGUGGGACUCCGCUGUCGGACUUACUACGUCCUGUGUGGUUCAGUAUUGAGCGUCUGGACAAAAGUAGAAGGCGUUCUAGCCUCUGUGAGUGGUACCAAUGUGAAAAUGCAAAUCGUGCGUCUAAGAACAGAAGAUGGGCAGAGGAUUGUAGGUCUGAUCAUUCCUGCAAAUUGUGUAUCACCCCUUGUAAACCUCCUGUCGACGUCAGACCAGUCGCAGCAGCUUGCAGUACAACAGCAGCAGAUCUGGCAGCAGCAUCACCCGCAGAGCAUCUCCAAUUUCAACAAUGCAUAAGAGGACAAACUACAGGUGUUGACUUUGGUGUUUUGAGGAAAAGGCUGUAAAAGCAUAUCACUUGCAUAAAAAUCAGGGACAGAUUCCAAAGAAAUAUAACUUUUUCAGUUCAGUUGUGUGCUCUCAAAUACUUUGGGAAUAAAGAGAUCUUAAAAGGUUGGUAGAACUGAAAGCCAGCAGUUGUUUAUGGUGGUGCAUCUGUCUUUCCUUAUGCUCUCUGUAGUGCUUCCUGUUUGCUUUUACUUUUGGCCUUUUAAGCUACAAAACCACAAUUUGUUUGAAAAUGCUUGAAAAUCCCCAAGCAGGCUUUAUUUUUGUCAUACAGUGCUCAGGGUUUAACGCAGUGCAUCAAUGCCAUUGCUGUGGGAGAUAUCCUUGAAUGCAUGUAUUGAGUAUAUAUAUAGAAAAAUAUAUAUUGGGUUUUUUCUCUUCAAUUUAUAAGUUUCUAAAAGCAUGAAACCUAGAGGUUGCACAUCAUGCAUUCAGGUUCCUUCCCAGUUUCUGUUUGACAGUGCAUGUCUUUGGAAACGGGCAUGGACAGGACGAACACACGAGACAGGAAUUCGGAGAGAAACACAAUCUUAGUUGUACAGCAUUGGUUAUUGCAUUUUUAUAGUGUUUCUACCCAGGUGUGGCAUUUUUUCUGGUUCUCUCCUGGGGGUUAUAUAUUUGAGUCUACAACAUGUUCUUUUUUUGUGAUAAAACAUCUUAAAUUAAACUUAGUUCCUUUUUAAUGUAUUAAUGGUAUUCCUCCUGUGUACUGCAAAGGCGGCUUGGAUGCCUCUUUUCCUUCAAUUGAAGCAUUUCCUGACUCCGAGGUGGUGACAGAAACUGAAGUGCAAAUUCACUUCCAUCUCGCACACAAUCUUCUCUUUUUUACUUCAUUAACGUAAUUUAAUUUGUCACUUGUAAGAUGAAACCUACUUGAGCUGUAAAUUAGAGAAUGGGAAACACUUGAGGGUUCCGCUGUAUGUGCUGUUUCUGUUACCCAGUAACUUGAAUACUGUUUAAUAUGUUGUAAGACAUUGUAGAGUUUAUCUGGAGCUGUUUAAAAGAAAUUGUAAUGUACAAAUGUGAAUAGUCACUUAUCUAUAAUAUGGGUAAGUUUUGUUUUGCCUAUAAUAGUAGAUGUUUAUAAGAAAGUGAAGGACAAUGUUUGUCAUUUCUUGCUUGCACAGGUUGCACUAUUGAAAAAUUGAGAUUGUAUAAACCUGUCCAAAAAAAAAAAAACCCUACAAGAUAAUGAUCUUGUAGAUGUCAAAUAAAAGUUAUUGUACUAACAAGAA